CGACGGUGUAAUUAGAUGACUUUGAGGAGAAAAAUCCAAAUUUGAUGUUGAUUGAAGUGGUGAAACGAAGAUACAAGGAAGGAAUUAAAGCUGCUUUGACUUACCACAAAAGAAGAAGAAGAAGAAGAAAAACAAGCAUUUCAUCCAUUCCCAAUUACCUAGUUAGUUCUCCAUUGACUCUGUCUAGAUUCAUCUCUAUAUUGCUCACGCUUCUCAUACAACUUUUAGUUUCAUAGAAACUUGGUUUUGACUUUUACAAUUGCAGCAAUGGCUUUGGCUUGCAAUAACCUCCAAAGCGGCUCUUCAACUAGGAUGAGAUGGAAAUAUGAUGUCUUUCUGAGCUUUAGAGGUGAAGACACCCGCAACAAUUUCACCGAUCACGUUUUUGGCGCUCUCAAUAAGAAAAAUAUUAUUACCUUCAGAGAUGACACAAAGCUCAAAAAAGGGGAACAUAUUUCAUCUGAGCUUCAACAAGCUAUUGUAGGAUCCCGUAUUUUGAUUGUAAUCUUCUCAACAAACUAUGCUUCUUCCACAUGGUGCUUGGAAGAACUCGCAAAAAUUGCUGACUGCAUUAAUGUUCCAGGACAAUCUGUUCUACCUAUUUUUUAUGAUGUCAGUCCUUCUGAGGUCCGGAAGCAAAGCGGAUAUUAUGAAAAAGCCUUUCAAGAGCAUGAACAAAGAUUCAAAGCAAAUUUAGAGGAAGUGCAAAGAUGGAGAGGAGCUCUAACACAAGUAGCUAAUCUCUCUGGCUGGGAUGUAAGAGAUAAGCCACAGUAUGGAGAGAUUGGAAAAAUUAUUAAAGAGGUAGCAUGCUUAUUGGGAAACAAAUAUUCUAAUUUACCGGAUAUAGUUGGGAUGAACUCAAGAGUGGAAGAAUUAGAAAACCUUCUGAUUUUGGACUCAGAUGAUAAUGAUGUUCGAGUUGUAGGGAUUUGUGGAAUGGGUGGAAUAGGGAAGACAACUCUUGCUACCACAUUGUAUGCUAAAUUCUCUAAUCAAUUUGAUGCUCACUGCUUUAUUGAUGAUGUAAGUAAAAUUUAUGGAGAUCAUGGUCCAAUUGGAGUACAAAAGGAACUUCUUUGUCAAACUUCAAAAGAAGAAAAUCUUCAAAUAUGCAAUCUUCCUAUGGCAUCUAAUUUGAUUCGAAAUAGGCUAUGUCAAAUAAAGUCCCUUGUUGUUCUUGAUAAUGUUGAUGAAGGUGAACAACUGGAUAAAUUGGACAUGAAAAGAGAAUGGCUAGGCACAGGGAGUAGAAUAAUCAUAAUUUCUAGAAAUGAGCAUAUCUUGAGAGAGUAUGGAGUAGAUAAAGUAUACAAAGUUCGACUCUUGGAUCGUAAAUGUGCCCUUCAAUUGUUCUGUAGGAAAGCUUUCAAAAGUGAUGAUAUCAAGAGCGGUUACAUAUACUUGACAAAUGAAGUACUAGCAUAUGCCAAUGGCCUUCCCCUGGCAAUUAAAGUGUUGGGAUCAUUUUUGUAUGGUCGAGAUGUUUCUGAAUGGAGCAGUGCGUUGGCAAGAUUAAGAGAGAAUCCAAGGACAGAUAUCAUGAAUGUAUUCCGAAUUAGUUUUGAUGGACUAGAGGAUACAGAAAAGGAGAUAUUUCUUGAUAUUGCUUGUUUCUUUAAUAGAGAGAGUGAGGUAUACUUGAAGGAAAUUUUAGAUUUUCGUGGAUUUCAUCCUGAAAUUGGUUUAAAAGUUCUAAUUGAUAAAUCAUUCAUAACACGUGAGAAGCAGGGAAUUUGUAUGCAUAAUUUGUUAGUAGAACUAGGAAAGAGUGUUGUUAGAGAAAUAUCACCCAAAGAACCAAGAAAGUGGAACAGGAUAUGGGACUACAAGGAUGUUCAUAGUGUUAUCUCAGAAAACAUGGCAGCAGAAAACCUUGAAGCCAUAGUUCUGCAGCGUUAUACAGAAAAUGAUAAAGAAAUACAGGAGAUGACAACAUUGAGGGCUGAAGGUUUAGCAAAAAUGAGUCACCUUAAAUUGCUCAUGCUGUGGAAUUUGAAUUUCUCAGGAAGUCUCAAUUUUCUUUCAAGUGAUUUGGGAUAUUUAUAUUGGGAAAAAUAUCCUUUCACUAGUUUACCAUCAAGUUUUCAUCCGGAUAAACUUGUUGAACUGGUCCUACAACACAGCAACGUCAAGAAACUAUGGGAGGGCACAAAGACUCUACCUAAUUUGACACGUAUUGAUCUCUCUGACUCAAAAAAUCUUAUUAUGAUGCCAAAUUUUAAGGAGAUUCCAAAUCUUGAGAGCCUAAAUCUUAAAGGAUGUAUAAAACUUGUGAAGAUUGAUCCGUCCAUUGGCACCUUAAGAAGGCUUUCCUCAUUGAAUUUGAAAAAUUGUACAACUCUGGUCAGUAUUCCUGACAACAUUUUUGGUCUGAGAUCUAUCAAAUUUCUAAGUAUCUCCGGCUGUCCAAAUUUAUUCAAAUUUGAUAAUAAGCUGUUAGAAAUACAAAGACAAACCAAACAAUUGGAGAUGCUUGAUAGCAAGGAUAGUAUUAUCCAAUACCAACCAACAUCCUUUAUCUACAAAUUUCUGGAGACCCACUUCAGAUAUUUGAUUUUUCGAAAACCUGAAGAUUCAGUUGGUUUAUUAUUGCCUUCAUUGUCUCGUUUGUCAUGUUUGGAAUAUCUUGACCUGAGUUUCUGCAAUCUUCUUCAAAUCCCUACUGCAAUUGGGUUGUUACAUUGCUUAGAAACCCUAUAUUUGGGGGGUAACAAUUUUGUCACAUUACCUUCUAGCAUCAAGGAACUUUCCCAACUUAGAAUACUAAACUUGCAGCACUGUAAGCAGCUGAAAUAUUUGCCUGAGCUCCCAUCAAAGAAUGUCUUGCAAGUAAGAAGAACAAUGUAUGCUGAAUUUAAUAUUUUUGACUGCCCCAGUUUAAUUGAUAUGGAAUGCUGUUAUAGAAUGGCUUUUUCUUGGAUGAUACAAUUCCUUCAGGUGCACAUGCAAUCCAAGAUCCCAAAAGAACAGAUUAGAAUUGUUAUUCCCAAAACUGAAAUUCCAAUGUGGCUCGACAAACAAAAUGCAGGCAGUUCAAUAAGCAUCGAUCCAUCACCCAUUAUGCAUGACAAGAAUCGGAUAGGCGUUGCUUGCUGCUUAACAUUUGUAGCACAUGAUAAUCCAACUAAUUUAGGUGAAAAAUGGCCACUUGGUUUUGGGUUGGGUUUUCAAAGUAAACAGCAUGGUCGCGGGAACUAUUCAAUUAUUCCCAUACGUCUUGAAAAAGAUCUGGUCACAGUUGAUUUAGAUCACUUGUUGCUAAUUUUUUUCAGUAGGGAGAGUUUUAUUGGUAUGAUAAGUUAUAUAACAGAGGAAUUGCAUGAUGAUAUUAGUGGUAUUGAGUUGACAGCUUUGAUGGAGCAGCCCCUUGGUUUGCACUUGGAAGUCAAAAAUUGUGGUUAUCGUUGGAUAUUUAAGGAGGAUCUGGAACAAUUAAACCCAGAAAUGAUGUACAGCGGAAAUUCGUCAGUUCAGCCAUAUUAUUUUGCUGAUAAUAAAAAACCUUGAAAUUCAAUAAAAUCAAUUUGAUUUUUUGUAUUUUAAAGAUGAUAAAUGCUGAUUUUUUGUUAGUUCUCU